AUGCAAAAGCAGCAUAAGAAUAUGGAUGAUGUUCCCAUUAUUCUGCAUCUCAAGGAACUUUUCAAAAGAAAUGCUCGACAUGAGAGGUACAAGAAGGCAAUACUGCUUACACUAGGUUAUAUUUACUCUGGAGCUAAAGCAGACAUCAAAGUUUGGGACCCUUCUGUCGAAUCUGACGAUGAGUACAGUACUUCCCGAGUUAGUCUCCAAAGUGGUCCUUACUACGAUUUUGAAAGCCUUGAAUCUGGAUGGGCGGUUGAUGGAUCAAAGGCAACAUGGUCCUUUGAUCUUACUUGCCCUGGUUUUGUUCAAACUAGCAAGGAAAUUGCACUUGGGGCUGCAAUUUAUCCCAUCUCAGUAGCUAACGACCUUCCAUACCAGAUAACUAUUUACAUAUUUAAGGAUCCAAAUACAAGCAAUUGGUGGAUGCAGUAUGGAGAAAAAAUCAACGUGGGGUACUGGCCUCAUAACUUAUUUAGUUUGAUAAUCAGUGGUGCAGAAAGUGUAGAAUGGGGAGGUGAAGUUUACAGCUUAAAGUUGGGGCAAUCUUCCCACACUACAACGGAAAUGGGAAAUGGGGAAUAUCCAGACCCAAUUUUCGACAAUUCAGGUUACAUGAAGAGAGUGAGAGUUCUUGAUAAUUCUCGUAUCUUGAAGUUCCCGGAAUGGCUAUCUACUUAUGCAGAUGAGUACAAUUGCUAUGAUGUUUACCAUAUUUCAGAUUAUGUGUGA